UGGUGGCCGGGCUGGUGCCGCUUUUUGUGGCCGGGAUGCUCUUCCUUAGUGUAGGGCCGCGAGGCGCCCAAAGCGCCCCGCGCAAGGCGGUCACUGCCCGGCUGGCGGCCAAGUGGCCGGCGACCCCGUUGCUUCUGGAGGCCAGUGAAUUCAUUGCAGAAGAAAGCAAUGAGAAAUUCUGGCAGUUUUUGGAAACGGUGAAAGAACUAACAAUAUAUCAAAAAGGAGUCUCAGAACAUUCUUAUUAUGACUUACUCCUGAAGAAAGCUGGGCAGUUCCUGUCAAAUUUGCAGAUUAAUCUUCUGAAAUUUUCUCUCUCCUUGCGGGCAUUUUCUCCAACUAUUCAGAUGUUUCAGCAGAUUGCAGCUAUUGAGCCACCCCCAAAAGGUUGCAAUGCCUUUGUGGUUAUCCAUGGGAAAAGCACCUGUAAGACUAAUGAAAUUAAGAAGCUUUUGAUGACAGCUGCAUCAAGGCCCAAACCGUAUCUGUUCAAAGGAGAUCAUAAAUUCCCUGUACUCAAGGAACCUGCCCUAGUCGUGAUCCUUUAUGCUGAAGUGGGUACCAAAGAUUUUGCCACAUUUCACAAUGUCUUAUCUGAAAAAGCACAAAAGAGUGAAUUUGUUUACAUUCUCCGACAUUUUGUCAAGAAACGUAGCACUGAGAAGAUGUAUUUGUCUGGAUAUGGUGUGGAACUUGCAAUAAAGAGUACAGAAUACAAAGCAGUGGAUGAAUCUCAGGCUGGAGCUACAAGAAAUAGAACAGAGGAAGAAGAUAAUAAGAAUAGUGAAGUCCAAGGAUUUCUCUUUGAUACAUUAACGGAGAAUCAUCCUGAUCUCAAAGACAAUCUGAAAGAGUUGAAAAAAUACCUGAUUGAAAGCAGUGAUAAUACAGAGCCUUUGAAAUUGUGGGAACUACAAGAUAUUAGUUUGCAAGCAGCCUCUCAAAUUCUGUCUACCCCUGUUUACAAUGCAUUAAAAGUAAUGAAAGACAUCGCACAGAACUUCCCGGUAAAGGCCAGAUCCUUGACCAGAGUGCUAGUAAACCAACAAAUGAGAAAAGAAAUAGAAGAAAAUCAAAAGCAUCUGCAUGAAUCUCUUGAACUUAAGCCUGGUGAAGCACGUUUAUUUUUAAAUGGCCUUCCAAUAGACUUGGAUCUUCGCGAUCCCUUUAGCAUUUUAGAAACUCUGAAGAUAGAAGGAAAAGCAAUGCACGUUCUUCACUCCCUUGGAAUUAAGGAAGAUUUUCCGAGUAAAUUCAUGAGAUUAGCUUCCCAAUCUCAGGAUGCAUCUUACGCAUUAGACAUUCGUCACUCAGCAAUUGUCUGGGUCAAUAACCUAGAAAGGGAUGCUAUGUAUAACAAGUGGCCUUCAAGUUUUCAGGAACUUCUCAAACCAGCAUAUGCAGGAAUGAUGCGACAGAUUAGACGGAAUUUAUAUAAUAUGGUCCUUUUUAUUGACCCUCUCCAGGAAGAAGCGGCUGGUUUCAUUAAACUAAUUGAAUUAAUCUACACUCAGAAAGUACCUCUAAGACUUGGCUUUGUUUUCAUCUUAAAUACUGAUGAAGUGGUUGAUGGAAAUGACGACGCAGGAGUUGCCCUGUGGAGAGCUUUUAACUUUAUUGCAGAUGAAGUGGAUAUCCCUCAAGCUUUUGUCUCCAUACUUUAUAUGUAUCGUCAAGUAGACGAGGGAGAAAUCCUUUCAGUGCACAACGUGAAGCGUAUUCUUCAUAGACAAUUUCCUCAAGCUGAUGUGGAGGAGAUCCUGGGUCUGGACUCUGAAUAUGAUGACAAGAGAAAGGCAGGAGCAAUGUUUUAUAAGAAGACUGGCCUGGGCCCAUUGCCUCAAGCUCUCUUUAAUGGUGUGCCUUUUAACAGAAAAGAGAUGAAUAUUGCAGAACUAGAGACCUCUCUGCUGAAGAUCAUAGAUGCCACAGAGGCCUUUCAGCGGGCAGUGUCCAUGGGCUUGCUAAAUGAUCAUAAAGAUGCGGUUGAUUUCAUCAUGGAGCAACAGAAUGUAGUUUCUCAUAUAAAUGAUAUAAUUCUUGGUGAUGAAAAAAGAUACUUGAAUUUUGAAUCCCCAUCAGUUCCUAUAGAUGUAAAUGACUACUCAACGUUUUUCUUCUUGGACUCUCAAGAUAAAACAUUUGUUAUUUCUGAAAACAUGAAUUAUGUUACAAAGCAAGAUGAUGCUUUAAUCUAUCCAGUAACCAUAUGGAUUGUGGCUGAUUAUGACAAGCCAGAUGGAAGGCAAUUGCUUUCUACUGCACUGAAACACUUGAAAACCAGCAGUCAUAUUCGGCUUGGGAUUGUGAAUAAUCCUACUUCAAAAAUAACAGAAGACAGCACUAUUAUUGCAAGAGCAAUCAUGGCAGCAUUUUUAACCCAGAAAAAUGUUCAUUUGAAAAACUUUCUUGGUCGGAUUCUUAAGGAGGAGACAGCAAAGGCCCUUGCUGAAGGAACUAAAAUUAAAAAGUUUUUUUUCCCGGCCAUGGAUGCUGAUGCUCUUGAGAAGAAAUACAAUACACUGGGGGUUGAUAUGAUUCAGACUCAUCAAGCAUUUUGUCAGGAAGUUCUUAAAUUGCUUCCGGGAGAAAUGGCUGUUAUUAGUAAUGGUAGGAUAUUAGGCCCUUUAAAAGAAGAUGAAUUAAAUGCCAAAGACUUUGAUUUAUUGGAGACGAUAACUCUAAAUACAGCAGCUGCAAAGAUUAAAAGCCUUGUCAAGGAAAUGGGGAUUGAUCAUAAACGUGGCAGUAAUUUAGUGAUGAAAGUGAAUGCCCUCCUUUCUUCUUUGCCAAUAACUGAUGACCGCCAAGAUGUUGAAUUUUUCAAAGACCAACAUAGCAUACUGAAGAUAAAUCCAGAGCAAAGUGAACCCUACUUUGAUAUAGUUGGUGUUGUUGAUCCACUAACAAGAGAAGCCCAGAAGCUAUCACAUUUAUUGAUUGUGCUUGGUCAGAUUGUCAACAUGAAGCUGAGACUGUUCAUGAACUGUAGAUCAAACCUAUCAGAAACACCCUUGAAAAGCUUUUAUCGUUUAGUUAUGGAACCAGAACUUUCUGUUGGGUCCAAUAAUUUCUUUCCUCUUUCAUCUGGAGCAACCUUCCUUGAAAUUCCAGAGUCUCUUCUUCUGACACUAAACAUGGCAAUUCCAGAAAGUUGGUUGGUUGAAGCAGUGAACAGUUCUUAUGACCUCGACAACAUUCAUUUAAAAGAUGUAGAAGGGGUGGUUUCAGCUGAGUAUGAAUUAGAAUAUUUGUUGCUGGAAGGACAUUGCUAUGAUGUGAGCAAUAGGAAGCCACCUCGGGGAUUGCAAUUCACCCUUGGAAGAAGGAAUAAUCCUUUCAAAGUUGAUACCAUUGUGAUGGCCAACCUGGGAUAUUUUCAAUUAAAAGCCAACCCAGGGUCUUGGAUUUUGAGAUUACGUGAAGGAAGAUCUGAAGAAAUCUAUGAAAUAUUUCAGCAUGAAGGAACAGAUUCUUCUGGAAGUCAAGAAGAAAUUAUUGUAGUAUUAAAUAGUUUUAGAAGCAAAAUCAUCAGAAUUCAAGUACAGAAAAAACCUGACAGUGAAAAUGAAGAUCUCCUGAGUGAAGUAACAACAGAAGAGGAGGAAGAUUCCAUGACCAGUUUUACAGGACGAACAUGGAAAGCAAAUCUGGAGAAGAAAAUUGAUGUACUGAAUAUAUUUUCUGUUGCUUCUGGCCAUUUAUAUGAGCGCUUUUUAAGAAUUAUGAUGCUUUCAGUUCUACGCCACACAAAGACACCAGUAAAAUUUUGGUUUCUGAAAAAUUACCUUUCACCUACAUUUAAAGCGCUUAUACCUCAUAUGGCUAAAGAAUAUGGCUUUGAUUAUGAGCUUGUACAAUACAAAUGGCCCCACUGGCUUCAUCAGGAGACAGAAAAACAAAGAAUCAUCUGGGGUUAUAAAAUUCUCUUCUUGGAUGUUCUCUUCCCAUUGGCUGUGGACAAAAUAAUAUUUGUUGAUGCUGAUCAGAUUGUAAGAAGUGAUCUGAAAGAACUCCGCGAUCUAAACUUAAGAGGUGCACCUUAUGGUUACACUCCUUUCUGUGAUAGUCGUAGAGAAAUGGAUGGCUACCGUUUCUGGAAGUCAGGAUAUUGGGCUUCACAUCUUGGGAAGAAGAAGUAUCACAUCAGUGCUUUAUAUGUUGUGGAUCUGAAGAUAUUCCGGAGGAUUGCUGCAGGCGACAGGCUUAGAGGUCAAUAUCAAGCACUUAGUCAGGAUCCAAACAGUUUAUCCAACCUAGAUCAGGAUCUUCCAAAUAACAUGAUUCAUCAGGUGCCUAUUAAAUCUCUCCCUCAAGAAUGGCUAUGGUGUGAAACUUGGUGCAGUGAUGAAUCCAAAGAAAAGGCUAAAACCAUUGAUCUGUGCAACAAUCCAAAAACUAAGGAACCUAAGCUAGAAGCUGCUGUCAGGAUUGUUCCUGAAUGGACAGAUUAUGACUCUGAAAUACAGAAGCUGUUAAAUCGUAUCAGAAACGAGAAGACAAACGGGACUCCAUUCCAUCCAAAAGACUCCAAGCAUGAUGAACUUUAGGAAUAUUUGGCAAUGCUGACCACAGACAGAAACCAAAAGACUGCUUUUAAUGAAUGUAAUUGAGAUACACUGUGUAUUUGUGCAAUUUUUUUUUAAAAAAAAUGAUUUUUACAUUGCACAUAACAUGGAACGAACAGACUGUAAAAAAUGCGCAGUAAAUAAAGUGUAUUUGGAAAUGA